AGAUGGUUUUUUUGCCAUUGCUUGCUCUGUCUUUUCAAUUUCUUGAAUGGUUCCAUGAUUCUCUUUAAUCCUCCAUUGCAAGAGACUCUGCUCCUGCCACCAACUCCUGCUUCAACUCUAUGUAGGCCAAGUUAUGGACUUGGUUUUUAUGUCCAAACUAAUACCCACAAAGUAAUUCGUAUCUCUACCAAGAGUAUAGGUGGUAGACUUUAUUUCAUCACUGAAAUACACACUGUAGGAUUCACGGACAAACAAUCUUCUGUUAAAAGAAAAACUUUUUUUGGCCAUUUUCUGUUAAAAAAAAAAAAUAGGGAUUAAGGAAAGAUACUACUUUCCCACUUCCGAGUUCUGGAGAUCGAAGAUCGAAACGGACGAACGAAGCACUACCUUCUAUGCUGCAUCUCGCUUCAAAACUUCUGCGCAGAAAUUCCUCCAAACCCUCCGAAAUCUACCAGCUGCCGCUGAUUUCCUUGCUUUUCCAUAACUCUUUCGCAAAACACAAACAUGAGAGGCUUCCUCUGGUUCGCUACGCCUCCGGUUCGGCAUCGAGCCCGAGCUUGUCGUUAUGGAGGCGGAAGAAGGAGAUGACCAAAGAGGGACUGAUUGCGGCCAAGGAGCUCAAGCGGUUCCGCUCCGAUCCUGUCCGUCUCGAUCGUUUCAUCCGGUCCAAUGUUUCUCGCUUGCUGAAAUCCGAUCUCCUUGCUGUUCUCGCCGAGUUCCAGAGGCAGGACCAGGUCUUCCUCUGUAUGAAGCUAUAUGAUGUAGUGCGCAAGGAAAUAUGGUACCGACCUGACAUGUACUUUUACAGGGACAUGCUAAUGAUGCUUGCUAGAAACAGAAAGGUAGAUGAAGCAAAGCUGGUUUGGCAAGAUUUGAAGAGAGAGGAAGUUUUGUUUGAUCAACAUACCUUUGGAGACCUUGUUCGAGCCUUCUUGGAUAGUGGACUACUUUCAGAGGCAAUGGACAUAUAUGAUGAAAUGAGGCAAUCACCAGAUCCCCCAUUAUCUCUGCCCUUUCGUGUAAUCUUGAAAGGGCUCCUCCCAUAUCCAGAAUUGAGAGAGAAGGUCAAAGACGAUUUUUUGGAGCUUUUCCCUGACAUGAUUGUGUAUGAUCCACCAGAGGACUUGUUUGAGGAUGAAGAUAGAGGAAAAGAUAGUGAAGAUGAGUAGAAAUUGAUGAUAAUGCAAUAUUCUUUGCUUAUUGGAGUUGAUGAUUUUCCUUGGAUGAGCAGUUUCGCUGUAAAGAGGUUAAGGUAUAGAUUCUAUUAAU